GCUAACCUCUGCAAAUGAAAUAUUUGUCAAAAAUGCACGAGGGGUGGAGUCAGGCCUGCCAGCAGGUCAGUGGCCAAUGGAAAGCCCUCGGGAUUAACAGCAGUAUUUAUGAACACAUAUGUUGUGCAGCACAUUAGUCCAGGACGGGGGAGAUGCAACACCAGACAUCAAGGAUGAUAUUUGACGAGUCCCUGUUGAGGACGCUAUGCUGCUUGCUGUUUAUGUCAGGUUUGCUAGAAGCAACAUCUCUUAUGAAAGUAAAGAAUCCUGGAGUGAACAUUGACUCAGCUCAGGCUCAUGAUUUCUUGACUAAUUCUCGACCAAAGAGGAAUGUUGAACCAAAGUGGUACCGAGGAGCUCCUGACUUUCAGUCCUACUACCGCUUCUACAACAGCAUUGGACACAUUGAGGGGAUCUAUGAGAUUGACAGGAUCAGGAUGCUGUAUCAGCAGAUGCGUCACUUGGAGCUGACCUACGGCCCAGACGCCUCCAGUUACCAAAACAUCUUAGGUGUCCAGACGACUACCGCUGCACCAACUACAACCAGCCAGCCUCCUCCACCUCCCACCACACCUGCUCCAACUCCAGACCCCCUGGAGAACGCUCAGAAGAUCUACCUGUGCAACCCCAGAGACCCGCUGUGCAAACCUCAGAUCGUCUACCUGCCAACGGGGGCUGUUCCAGUGUUGUGCGACCCACGACUCAACUCGGCCUGCAGGCCCAAAACAGAAGAGGAGAUUAAGGCUGCAGUCCCUCCCCCACCUCCCCCUGCUCCCAAAAAGUCUGCCCCACCUCCCCCUCCACCUCCACCUCCCAUUAUUGCUGCCAAAGGUAUGGAGUAUGACUGCGACCCAUACUGGGAUCCUGACUGCCUCAUUGACCACCCCCCCCGUCCUAUCGAGGAAACAUCUGCACCAGAGGCACCAGCUGAGGAGAAAGUGGUGAAAGAAGAAGAAGCAAAAGCUGAGGAGAGUGCCCCUGCAGAACCAGACAUAGAGAAAAUCCCUGCUUUCUUUGACCCUUAUGAUUUCAAACGUGACCUUUAUGACCCCUUUAAAUAUGCCAAUCCUGCUCCAGAAGAGUAAAAACAGAGUGCUUAAGAAAUAAAUCAAUCAUGACAGGACUGUGAGCAAAUCCGCAAACUAAACGUAAAACUCAUACAGGUCAUCAUGUCGAACAAGACAGACAUGUAAACACAGCUUUUUUCCUCAUGGUUUCCAACAUUAUACCUACAGUACAGUAUGUGUGUAUGAGUGCUCAUAUUGUGAUACAUAAUAAAAUGUGCGAUCGACAAAAAUCAAGUGUGCGAUUUUAUAUUU